CGCCACAACCUUUUAUAGCAAGGAAUUUGAAACUUACCAUUUAGAAAAAAAGGAUUAGUUGAUUUUGAAUCAAUGUGGGUAAUAGAGUCCUUUUUCUGCGCUUAACACACCAUGCUGACACUACACGUAGGUUUUGAAUUAGUGCGGUAAGAGAGUCCCUUUUCCUAUAACUAUAUUUUAAGGCAAGAGAUAAAAUUGGUUUAUCAUUGAUUGCUCAAGCAGCUGAAUUGCCAACUCUUCCAUGGAGUGGUUCUGAUGUAUAUUUCACUCCCCAGUAAUUGUGCCUUUCUUCUGUCUAGGGUGCCCAAUUAUAAGUUUAAAUUUUUUUUCUUAUAGGUGAAAAUUCCUCCAGGAUUAUAUGAAAUAUUUGCAUAAAGAGAAUUGGAUAAAUACCCUUUUGAGAAACUGUCCUAACCUUACUUUUGUGUUCUUUUUUUUUUCUUUUGGCAAAGUUUAGAAAGUAACAAUCACAAGGAUGUUUCAAGUAAUAAUCACAAGAUGAAGUUCUGAUGCACAUCCUCAUUUAUCUAUGAACCUAUCAGAUCAACCAAGUUGGAACUGUUACAGAGGUCAUUGAGGUGGUGAAGCAGGCAAAGGAAGCACAUUGAGAAGUGGUAACUUCCCAUAGAUGUGGAAAAACUAUAGACCCUUUCAUUGCUGCCACUGGAAUUGAGAAAAUCAGAGAAGUAAUAUGAUUUUCUAGAAAAUAAUUCUUCUGCCUUCAAUGUUAAGAUGUUAUGAGUUUGUUCAAGUGAAUUUUCUUGAGAAAAAAUUCUGCUUCAUUUGCGAAUUGGCUUCUUGAAACUUAGGUCAUUACUCUUUAAAGCUUUUGUGGUGAUGCCAGAGUUUGAGGCCCCAAAAAAGAUGCGAGCUGCCCUCCCUUCGGAGAUUGGGAUGCCGCAUUGCGUCUGGAACUGCAGCCAGGCAGGGGCUUUGGUGGCGUGGGUCCUGCAGGGGGACUCACCGGCGCUCGGGAAGGCUCUCUCCUCUGACAAGAUUGUUGAGCCUUGCUGUGCCCCCUUGAUUCCCGGCAUGGAGGGCAUCAAGAGGGCUGCUCUCGGCGCAGGUGCUUUCGGCUGCACCAUCAGCGGUGCUCGCCCCACUGCCGUUGCGGUCAUUGACGACGAGCGCAAAGGAAUGGAGAUCGGUGAGUGCAAGGUAGAGGCUUUUUUCAAGGAGGGCAACUUGAAGGCCUUGGCUAACAUUAAGCACCUUGAUCACAUUGGUGCUAGGCUUAUCAGUGGCAACUGGAUUUGAAUACCUAUGCCACUGCGGCUGCCAUUGCCAUGGUAUGUUAUGAACCAUCCUUCAUCUUCAGUUCAUCAAGAUGGUACUUCCCCUAUCACAAAGAAAAAGACUGCACUUUUGCAGUGCUUUACACUCCGAAUAUGUUCAUUAUACUUGUGUUUGCAUUUGUUUCUCUGCAUUGCUGGCGAUAAGAUUGGGAGAU